CUUGUAACUGACUGUCAAUUCGCACCACUGUUGUUGCAGCCAUUUUAAUCUACACUUCAGUUGUAACUACACCGACUGAUGCUUGCUUAGGACCGUAGGAAGGGUGAAGAGAAAGACUGACCUCAGGAGCUCUCAAUGGUUUCACCUGAAGGCAGAUGUCAUGAAUUACACAGAACCGGUUGUGGAGAAGGCCAUCAACUCCUGGUCCAGAAUAGCCUCAGCGGGACAGACUGUCCUUUUCGAGGCAUUACAGAUCCUCAACCCUAUGUCGAAAGAUCUUUCAGACACCGAGGAACUGGUAUCCUUUCUGCAAGGACUUAAGGAAGAGGGCCAUAAGCCCAAAGUGCUACGAAGCAAAGAUGUGUACGGUUACAGGUCAUGUACAGCGAAAACCCUCCCGGAAGACAUGUGCUCUAUGGACGUAGCCAGCAAGGGUCCAAGGCCAGGCAAGAAGAGGGGACGGAAGAGUAAGAAGAAAAAGAAGAAAAAGGAGUGUAACAAUUACGCAUCGUGGAGUAGUGCAAGUGCAUCAGAAUCUCACAAGAGAUCUGUCUUUUCCAGACCUCCGAUUCUGACUCUACAUCCUGCCCAGCUGCAGCAGCAGUACCUGAAGCUAACGAACAUUACAGGUUUAAUGAGAGGUCACACUGCGAGAAUGCAGAUUCACUCUCAACCUCCAACACUUUCAGGAAUACCGUUACUGCCGUCGCCGAACACGGGUAGAACACCUAAAGCUGCGGCCAUGGUUGGUCAAAGGUACCAUGCCUCCUGUCCGGAAUGGAACAGAGCCCUUAUCGGAGAUUCUGCCCCCGUGAUCUAUCAGAACGGCCGAGGAGUUUACAACUACAAGACUGAUGUGUCAAAUCACAGACGGUCCUGGACGGAUGACCAAUCUCUGUGGAUGAUGAACCGUCAGGAGGAGUGUCGGCUGGACGAGAACAGUUUGAGGUGGAAGGUGAUCAAAGUGGACGAUUGCGUCACGGUUGAGGAACUGAGGAGAAGGCCCAGAGGAUCUUGCAGGUGAACCUGUCCCCUGUGAUACAAAUACGGCCGCUGUAUGAAACUCUAGCUGAAUACCAGCGUGAACGAUAUCUCCAGUAACUCCUUGGUUUGGGCCUAGCUAGCCUAGGGUCCAUUUUGCAACGAGGCUUAGCGAAGUCCAGAGGUCUGUCUUUACUGUUGAAGCCAGAGGGAAAAAAACACCAGGAAGGCGUCACCAGACUGACGAUAGUAAAGGACAUUCCUUGAGCAGUGAC